AUGCAGCGCGCAUUCUCCUCGGCACCCCGAGCUCUGGCUCGCUCGCAACGGAUACGCCCAACUUCGCUCGUCCAGCAGAGAUUUGCACACAAGGAGCUGAAGUUUGGCGUGGAGGCAAGAGCGUCGCUUCUCAAUGGCGUGGACACAUUGGCAAAGGCUGUCGCUACAACGCUGGGACCAAAGGGCAGAAAUGUCCUGAUCGAGUCCAGCUACGGCUCUCCCAAGAUCACAAAGGGCAAGUCCCGUCUCAUCUCCCAUCAAACAUCUCACACGUACUGACAUGGAUCGAUCAACAGACGGUGUGACGGUCGCAAAGGCCAUCACUCUCAAGGACAAGUUCGAGAACCUCGGCGCAAGAUUACUACAAGAUGUUGCUGGCAAGACCAACGAGGUCGCUGGUGACGGAACCACCACUGCCACCGUUCUCGCCAAUGCCAUCUUCUCCGAGACCGUCAAGAACGUUGCUGCAGGAUGCAACCCAAUGGACCUUCGACGCGGAACCCAAGCCGCCGUCGAUGCCGUUGUGGAGUACCUGAGAGCGAACAAGCGCGAUAUCACCACUUCCGGGGAGAUCAGUCAAGUGGCUACCAUCUCCGCGAACGGCGAUACCCACAUUGGUAGCCUGCUCGCAAGCGCAAUGGAGAAGGUCGGCAAAGAGGGUGUCAUUACUGUCAAGGAGGGCAAGACCAUCGCAGACGAGCUGGAAGUCACCGAGGGUAUGAAGUUUGACCGCGGUUUCAUCUCCCCAUACUUCAUCACGGACACCAAGUCGCAGAAGGUAGAAUUCGAGAAGCCACUGCUCUUGCUUUCCGAGAAGAAGAUCUCGGCUGUGCAAGACAUCGUGCCAGCCCUCGAGGCCUCUCAGCAGCUGCGCCGCCCUCUUGUCAUCAUUGCUGAGGACAUUGACGGCGAGGCUUUGGCUGUCUGCAUCCUGAACAAGCUCCGUGGUCAAGUGCAAGUCGCAGCUGUCAAGGCACCCGGCUUUGGCGACAACCGCAAGAGCAUCCUGGGCGAUCUCGCUGUCCUGACCAACGGUACUGUCUUCACUGACGAGCUUGACAUCAAGCUCGAGAAGGCCACUCCUGACAUGCUUGGCUCUACUGGAUCGAUCACCAUCACCAAGGAAGACACUGUAAUUCUCAACGGCGAGGGUAACAAGGACGCUGUUACUCAGCGCUGCGAGCAGAUCCGUGGUGUCAUGGCUGACCCAUCUACCAGCGAGUACGAGAAGGAGAAGCUGCAGGAGCGCCUUGCCAAGCUGUCUGGUGGUGUCGCCGUCAUCAAGGUCGGUGGUGCCUCCGAGGUUGAGGUCGGUGAGAAGAAGGACCGCAUGGUCGAUGCCCUGAACGCUACACGCGCUGCAGUGGAGGAGGGUAUCCUUCCAGGUGGUGGCACUGCUCUCCUCAAGGCUGCUGCCAACGCUCUCACCAACGUCAAGCCUGCCAACUUCGACCAGCAACUCGGCGUCUCUAUCGUCAAGCAGGCCAUCACUCGCCCAGCCCGAACCAUCGUGGAGAACGCUGGAACUGAGGGAUCUGUUGUUGUUGGCAAGCUCAUGGAUGAGUUCGGCAAGGACUUCAACAAGGGUUUCGACAGCGCCAAGGGCGAGUACACUGAUAUGAUUGCUGCUGGUAUCCUGGAUCCAUUCAAGGUUGUUCGCACUGGUCUUACCGACGCAUCUGGUGUUGCCUCGCUUCUUGGCACGACUGAAGUUGCCAUCGUCGAGGCGCCUGAAGAGAAGGGCCCGCCAGCUGGUGGCAUGGGCGGUAUGGGAGGCAUGGGAGGCAUGGGCGGUGGCAUGUUCUAG